UGCAGGCAGCUCCAUUGGAGUAGAGCCACAUACACUCCACUCCUCUCGAGCUCGAUCGAUCGAUCGAUCACAGUAUAGUAGCUAGAAGAAGAUGGCGAUGAUGCAGAUUAGGCGGCCGCAUGAUGCCAUCUCACAUCUCAUGGUGAUCGUAGUAGGAGCUGUGAUACUGCUGCAAGGUGAGGCGCAGCCAUCCCCUGGGUACUACCCGAGCUCCAAGGUGAGCUCAACGCCAUUCUCGCAGUGGUACAGCACCCUGUGGGGGCCGCAGCACCAGUCUCUGUCGCCGGACCAGACCGCCCUCACCCUCUGGAUGGACCGCAGCUCAGGCAGCGGGUUCAAGUCGAAGCGGUCGUACCGGAACGGCUACUUCGGCGUCUCCAUGAAGGUCCAGCCCGGCUACACCGCCGGCGUCAACACCGCCUUCUACCUGUCGAACAACGAGGUGUACCCGGGGUACCACGACGAGAUCGACGUGGAGCUGCUGGGCACGGUGCCCGGCGAGCCCUACACGCUGCAGACCAACGUGUACGUCCGGGGCACGGGGGACGCCCACCCCAUCGUCGGCCGGGAGAUGCGGUUCCACCUCUGGUUCGACCCGGCCGCGGCGUUCCACCACUACGCCGUGCUCUGGAACCCCGACGAGAUCGUCUUCCUCGUCGACGACGUGCCGGUGCGCCGAUACCAAAAGAAGGUGGAGGCCACGUUCCCGGAGCGGGAGAUGUGGGCGUACGGCUCCGUCUGGGACGCCUCCGACUGGGCCACCGACGGCGGCCGCUACAGGUCCGACUACCGCUACCAGCCCUUCGUGUCCGGGUUCAAGGACUUCAAGGUCGCCGGCUGCGAGGUCGGCGCGCCGGCGUCGUGCCGCCCCGUGCCGGCGGGGCCCGGAGGCGGGCUGAGCGCGCAGCAGAGCGCCGCCAUGAGCUGGGCGCAGCAGAGGGCCAUGGUCUACUACUACUGCCAGGAUGGAUCCAAGGACCGCUCCAACUACCCAGAGUGCUAGGAAGCUCCGAGCUCGAGCCAGCGGCAAUGGUGGCUGCCCUUCCGUUCCAGUGAUGGUUGAGGCGUACGUACGUAUGUACUCCUAUACGGCACGGCAGGUAUACGAUGUAUAGUGUGAUUGCAUUGAUACGGUGAUUCGAUCGGGUAUGUAUGUGGUGCAAUUAAUCCCCAGCAGAGGCUGCUGAGGCGUACUCUACCUAAGUUAUUGCUAUUUGUGACACGUACUGUUAUAAAGUACUUUUAGUAGAUUGGCCGUGUGGACCUGUAAAAAAACGACACUUUUGGAUACAGAGAAAAGGUUCACAACGACACAA